UGAAAGUAAACCCGGGGGUGUGCUGACGUCACCGUCUCUCUCCUCCGGUUAGGCGCGCGCGAAAGUAGCGGAGUGAAAUCUCACGAGCUAGCGCUGAUCAAACCGAAGAGAAACUCUCCCUAAUCUUCAAACAUCUGCAAGAGCCAUGGCGGACCCAAAGGAGGCACAAGAGGAUCAUGAUGCAUCCACAGAAAAUGUAGAGGACUCCAACCAUGACCCUCAUUUCGAACCCAUAGUCUCGCUACCUGAGCAGGAUGUCAAGACCCUAGAGGAGGAUGAGGAAGAACUAUUCAAGAUGAGGGCAAAGUUGUAUCGUUUUGCCAGUGAGAACGAUCCCCCUGAGUGGAAGGAACGUGGGACUGGUGAUGUCAAACUCCUGCGACACAGAGAGAAGGGUUCCAUCCGCCUUCUCAUGAGAAGAGACCGCACCCUCAAAAUCUGUGCCAACCAUCACAUUAUGCCGUUGAUGGAGCUGAAGCCCAAUGCAGGCAGUGACAGGGCCUGGGUGUGGAAUACACAUGCUGACUUUGCAGAUGAACAACCCAAACCAGAGCUGCUGGCUAUUCGAUUCCUCAAUGCAGAGAAUGCACAGAAGUUUAAGAUGAAGUUUGAUGAAUGCAAAGAAGAGGUCAGAAAAUCUCUAGAAGGUAGCAUGAACAGCCCUAAUAAAGUGGCAGAGAAGCUGGGGGAGCUGUCUGUGCAUGAUGACAAGACAAAGAGUUCAGAGGAGAAGAAAGAAGAGGUGAAGAAAGAGGAGAAGGCUGGUGAUGAGAAGAAAGAGAAGGCUGGUGAGGAGGAGAAGAAAUGAGCCCAGGAACGUCGCUUCAUACGGAUCCUCCACUUGCCAUUUUCCCCUUUUCUACAACAGAUUCUGAAAAUGAAAAAUUGGACAGUUUUGUUUUCUUUUUGGCCUCGACUUCACAAGACCUUGGUGCCACUCUUAAUGCGUCCAUUUCUCAGUCAUUAAGAUGUUGUGAGCUUUUGUCCCAUUCACAAACUGUCAUAUCGCCCUUCAUUUUCUCAUACAUUGUGGACCAGUCGUCAGUCAUCAUGUAUUUGUGUAUUUACACGACAUGCUAUGAUACAAGGCUUGUGCUAUUGAUUGAUUCCCACAUUGGGUAACCUCUUUUGUUGUUUUUCUUUUGUACUUUAAAGAGUAAUAUUGUGAGUGUCUAGAUAAGAGAGUGGGCUGUGUGAGUUGAUUGGGAGAAUGAGCAUCUGAGACAACUUUUUCCUUAAAAUAAAGUCACAUGAGGAACAUUUGACUUCUCUGUGGCUUGAAUUUACUAUUGAAUGACUAAAAUGACCCAUUUUCUGUGGAGGGCUGCAUCUGGCAAAAAUAAAAUGUCAGCUCUUUCAUGAAUAACUGAAGGAAGUUUUCAACCUAUAAUUAGUGUGACCAUCUUCUGUUUUAAAUGGUAAUCAAGAAAAUAAAAAUGGUUGACUCAA